GCGGAGAGAAGAAGAGAAAGCAAAGCAACCACCGUACCGCAACCGCAACCGCGAGAGCCGAGAGAGAAGCCUUUUUCCCCGAUCGAUUCCCUUCUCUCCGCUCCGCAUCGCCAUGGCCUCCUCAGCACCGACGCCGCCGCCGCUCCUCCCGGUGACCAACCCGGCAGCCGCGGGGUCGUCCCCGGCCGCCACCGCCGUGGGAUCUGACGCGCCGAUCGCAACCCCGGCGUUCCGGCUCUUCCUGAGCAAGCUCUCCGACUCGGCGCGGCGCUCGCUGUCCGACCGGCGGCCGUGGACGGAGCUGGUCGACCGCUCGGCGUUCUCGCGGCCGGACUCCCUCUCCGACGCCACCUCCCGCCUCCGCCGCAACCUCGCCUACUUCCGCGUCAACUACGCCGCCGUGGUGGCCUUCGCGCUCGGGGCGUCCCUCCUCGCGCACCCCUUCUCGCUCCUCGUCCUCCUCGGCCUCCUCGCCGCCUGGUGCUUCCUCUACCUCUUCCGCGGCUCCGACCAGCCCGUCGUCCUCUUCGGUCGCACCUUCUCCGACCGCGAGACGCUGCUCGGCCUCGUCGUCGCGUCGUUCGUGGCCUUCUUCUUCACCUCCGUCGCGUCGCUCAUCAUCUCCGGGCUGCUCGUCGGCGGGGCCAUCGUCGCCGUCCACGGCGCGUGCCGCAUGCCCGAGGACCUCUUCCUCGACGACGCUGACGCCGCCAGCGGCAACAGCGCGGCCCAGGGUCUCCUGUCCUUCCUCGGGGCGCCCGGAUCUAGGGUUUGAGGCGGCGGCGGGCGACGAGAUCUGGUAGGCUUCUUUGGCUCGAGUGUUUCGCGUUACUCUGUAAUUGAUCUGGAUCUGAUCUCGUUGGAUCUAUAUCACAUUUGUUCUCUAAUUCAUCAUUCUGCAAUCCGUAGCUACAGAUCUACUACUUGUUUACCUAUAUUUUGGAUCGAUGUAUCACUUUGCGAAGUUGUGCUGAAUAUAUUGAGUCUCUUGACGAGAUUUAGUGUUAAAAUUACUACCUUAUAUUGUUUUGAAUUAAUUUAGCAUGAAUGUAUGAAGAGUAUGUCGACUUAUCACUGUUUAAAUAGUAGAGAAGAAUAUAUGAUGGUUCAGCUGUGCAUUGUCACUUUUCAUUCAAA